AUGGUGCCGACGCCGCGCGCCUCGGAGAACACCCCCGCGGGCGAGCAGCGCUCGCGCGAGUACAACGAGGACCUGCGCCUGCAGACGAUGCGCUACGCGAUGCGGGACAUGAUCAAGUGCCCGCCCGCCGGCUUCGAGGCGGCGGCCGCGGCGCACUUUCGGCGGGUCAAUGAGUCAGUCAAUUCGUUACUCAGUCCAUUCAUUCACCAGGCGGCGGUCGCGGCGCACUUUCGGCGGGCGAGCGCGUCUGCGAGGCCCCCGAUGGAGAAGGCUUGCCGUGGAGCUCCCGCGCUGCCGGCUCGCUAG